AUGUCUCAAUCCUCAGAUCCAAACCCCUCAUCCGCACUACCUCCGGAAUACGAGCCAAAAUCUCACAAAGACUAUACCAUAGGCUGGAUAUGUGCUCUUUCAACAGAACUCACAGCUGCACGGGUGAUGUUAGACGUCGAACACCCGACUCUCCCCAAACUUUCACAUGACGCAAGUAACUACAUCCUCGGCUCUAUCGGAUAUCACAACAUCGUUAUAUCUUGCCUACCAAAAGGCAUAAUUGGAACAAAUCAAGCUGCGGUAAUAGCAACGAGGAUGGUGAACACGUUUCCCGGCAUCAAACUCGGGCUUAUGGUUGGUAUUGGGGGAGGAAUACCACCUAAAGUUAAACUUGGUGAUGUGGUAGUUAGUGUGCCGAAAGGCAAGGACCCGGGGGUUGUGCAGUGGGACAUGGGGAAAGCGGAAAGCGAUGGGAAGUUUCAGCGAACUGGAGCGUUGGAUAAGCCACCGAUGGUACUACUAACGACAUUGAGUAUCUUAAGUUCUGACCAUGAUAUGCACGGGAUAACAUUCCCAUCACGGUUGGUUCAUAUAGGAAAGAGGUUUCCGAAUCUACAAGGCCGCUAUAAGCGACCUAGGCAGCUUAGCAGCUCUUUAUCCAAGCCCGAGAGCUCGCCACGCGAUCGAGGAGCAGAAGGAGCCUACUUAUUGGCUCUCUGGCGGGUGAUCUUGAGCUUUCUCAGGUUUAUAUUCGGAGGCUGGGCAUUCGGCCCAAUCGAUUAUAGUCCCCAAGGGGCUGGGGGAGAAGCCAACCGUAGUACUGAAACCAAAAUCGAUAAGACCGAAAAUGUGGAAGUCCACUUCGGAUUGAUCGCCUCAGGCAACAAAGUCAUCAAAGACGCCAAUGUCCGCGAUAGUAUCGAUCAAAACCUCGGGGGGAACGUUUUGUGUUUAGAGACGGAAGCAGCAGGUCUGAUGGAUGACUUUCCUUGUAUUGUUAUACGUGGGAUAUCCGAUUACGCCGACAAAAGAAAGAACGACGAGUGGCAGGAAUAUGCUGCGGGGAUAGCAGCGGCGUAUGCGAAAGAUUUCCUAAGGCGUCUUGAGCCGGUUGAUGUAAGCAAGGAACGUAUUUCAGUCCACGAUAAAGUAGAGCGAAUUACCUCUAGGUUGGAAAAAGAAGACGACCGUAAAGUUCUAGAAUGGUUAACGCCGAUGGAAUACGGCCCAGUACAUAAUGAUAUUGUCCAAAGACGGCAAUCUGGGACCGGAAAAUGGUUUUUAGGUUCCGAGGAGUUUACCAAUUGGCUACAAGGUUCCAGGGAAAUACUAUUUUGCCCUGGUAUUCCAGGAGCGGGAAAGACUUUUCUUACAUCGGUAGUAAUUGACCAAUUAUCCCGGCUUUUCGGCAAGACCCCAGCAGUUGGUAUUGCAUGGAUUUAUUUUAAUUACACGCUAAAAAGCGAGCAGACGACAUACAACAUACUCGCAAGUGUACUGAAGCAGCUAGCCCGCCGGCAACGCUCUCUACCUGAGGAGCUUAAGCAAUUAUACGAAGAAAAUAAAAAUAAUAUUGGUAUGCGGCCAUCGGUUGAUCAAAUCUGCAAAGCCCUCAAGUCAGUCGUCACUCUGUAUUCAAGAGUGUUCGUCGUCGUCGAUGCCCUUGACGAGUGCCAAAUGCAAAGUCCGGACUACUGCCGCGGGAAACUCAUUUCUACGAUCUUUGAUCUCCAUGCCGAGUGCGGCGUAAACAUACUUGCAACAUCAAGACAUAUAAAAGAAAUUGUCGAACAAUUCACGGAACAAGGAUCUACAACCUUAGAAGUGCGUGCUGAUGAUGAGGAUUUACGAAUGUACUUGGAUGGUCGGAUAGACCAAACAAAAAGAAAAAUGCUACGUGAGCAUCGUGGCGCGAUCAAAGACGAGAUAGUUAAAGCAGUCCAAGGAAUGUUCCUUCUCGCACGACUUCACUUCGAGUCAGUAGAAAAUAAGACAACACCAAAGAAGUUGAAGACAGCACUGGGAAAACUUUCAACUGGCGAAGAGGGAGAGGCAGCAUACGGCAUCGCCUACACAGAAGCUAUGGAAAGAAUUGACAGCCAAAAUCCCGACUUCAAAAACCUGGCCCGUCGGGUUUUAGUGUGGGUCGUGUGCGCGGAAAGACCGCUCGAUCAGCUAGAACUCCAACACGCGCUCGCGGUAGAGCCAGAAGCCAGCCAAGAUACCAUUGAUGACGAUGAUCUGACGGAUAUCAAUGAUAUUAUCUCAGUUUGCGCUGGCUUAGUUACAAUUGAUGAAGACACUAAGAUUGUUCGCUUGAUCCACUACACUACGCAGGAGUAUUUUGACAAGCAGGAGUGGACUCGUCAUGCCCAAACGGGCUUAGCUGAAAUAUGUAUUAUACACCUUUCGAUUGAGAUGAACAGCGCGGACCCGCUCGGGACAGCUGAUUCGAACCCAGACGAAUAUACUAACGGCGAUUCAAACAUGAGCUCUGGUCCAUUUUGUUCCUAUGCAAUGCGGAACUGGGGCUACCAUGCCAACAAAUGUUCUCCACGCAUAGCGCUUGGAUCUGAGGUUGAAAAAUGUCCCAAAAGAGCAACGAACGAGAUCAUAUUUGCGUUCUUGAGAAACAAAGAUAUUAUUACUCGGACCUAUGGUGGGAAAGGGGAGAGAUUCAAGUCAGUCGACUUCGAUUUAAGAAUUUCGCGACAGUUAAUGGGGGCGGCGGGAAUACAUCUUGUGGGACACUUUGGGUUAUGGGAAUAUAUUGACCAGUUGCUAUUCGAAGGCACCGAUAUAGAAGCUGCUAACUUCGAGGGUCAGACGCCAUUGAUGGUGGCUGCGGAAAAUGGAGACCUCACGACAGUAGAGUGCCUGUUACGCAACGGUGCCAAUCCGGAGGCCAGAGACACUGAACGUCAAACAGCGUUGAUAUUGUCAGCGACAAUGGGCCAUGAUGCCGUUGUAAACACGCUUUUGCGCGAGGGUGCUAGUCCGCACGUUGAAGAUAUUGACGGAGAGACUGCGUUAUUGAGGGCAGCACAUGGAGGACACAGUGCUGUUGUGGAGACCCUUUUGGGCUGGGACGCUGGUUGGGCACUCAAUCGAACGGACCUGUCGGACAGAACCCCGCUAAGAACGGCCGUGGGGAGGGGAUCCAUCGAGAUCGUAGAGAUGUUGAUACGCGAGGGGGCAAAUAUUGAGGCGAAAAAUCGCUAUGGCGAGACAGCAUUAUCGGAAGCUAUCGCUAGAGAACAUGCUGCUGUUGUGGAAUUCCUCCUAGGGAAAGGAGCUAAUUUGGAAACCGAAAAUGAAUUUGGCCGAACACCUCUAAUGUUAGCUGCAGAAUUGGGGCGCGAACGAAUCGUGGAUAUAUUACUACGUGGAGGUGCCGACCCAACAGCCAAGGAUCAUGAAAAUAGAGCGUCAAUAUCGUAUGCUGCAUUUGGAGGGUGCCUUCAAUUUGUCGAAAGGCUGCUACGCCAGGGCGUCAACAUAGAUACUCAAGAAGAUGAGGGUCGAACCCCAUUGUGGUUUGCUGUUACAAAUGGCUGCGAUGAUGUAGUGGAGCUGUUGUUACGAGAAGGUGCGAAUGUGGAGAUUCGGGGAGAAGGUAAAACCCCCUUAAUGGCGGGUGCGGAGGGUGGGGUCUCCUCGACCAUAGAAAUUCUGCUAAAGAGAGGCGUAAAUAUGGAAGCUAAGGACGACAUGGGUCGGACGGCGUUGUCGUAUGCUGCACAGAAGGGCAGCAUUGCUUGUGUGGAACUUUUGCUGCGUCACGGCGCUAACCUAGAAUCGAAAGACAAUAACGGCCUAACGCCACUGUCAUGGGCUGUAUGGGCAUAUGGAAGCACUGAGACUAUAUUAGAAUUCCUAGUGCGCGAAGGUGCUGACCUAGAGACGAAAGAUAAUGCUGGUCGAACACCGUUUUCGCGGGCAGCUGAGGAGGAUAUAUACGUGGCCCCACAGAAGCCUCUUACAAUGAUAUUGCUAAGAUUGGGGGCCGACCUAGAGAGUAAAGACCACACAGGCCGUACUCCAUUGUCAUGGGCCGUAGGUCAUGGAGAAUACGUUGGCACUACUGUAGAGUUUUUGCUAAGUAAGGGCGCUAAUCCAUAUUCCGAGGACGAUAACGGCAAAACCCCGUUAUCAUGGGCUCAAGAAAACCAAAGGGGCAGUAUGAAUAUUAUAGAGGAAUCCCUAGCUUCCAGCGGCCGGGUAGGCUGGCUUACGUAA